UAUAUUUUGAAAUAUCUAGUAGAACUUUAAGUAGUUACGCAGUUAUCACGAAUUAUUCCGAAAAUCAGUUUCCCCUAUCUAGAAACAAUGAAGGUGCUUUGUACUGUGGUCAUCGCUUUAGCGGUUUUAUUUGAUUCUAUUGUUUGCGAAACUGACUGGAGUGAUGUCAGCAUAAAGAAGGCUAAGAAAUCAGAUAUAGAUAAUCUUCUAACUGGACCUUUUGGCCAUAUGAAAGCUACACUUCCUUUGUCUCUUCUGACAUUUCAUGGUAUUAUAUUUGGAUAUAUUGACGGGAAUGGCGUAGCUCGUGCAUUAUAUACGUUUAAUGGGGUGGGUGAGAGACACGACCGAGCUGGACAAGAUAUAGGAGCCAAUUUUAUAAGCAAGACAGUGCCAGACUACGUGAAACAAGCAAGCGGAAGCUGGUGUUGCGAUUUUUUUUCAUAGAAAGUAAAGACGGACACCAUGGACAACCUGGAUUAUGAAACGGAAAUGGCAGUCAAGUCAAAAAGCAUUGCAUAGAAAUAUUACAGAAAAUUCAAAUUACAUACAAAUUUUCAUUUAUUGUGUUUCUUAUCUUUCUUAAAAUGAAUCAGUGCAUAGAAUCUCAUUGAUUUUUAUUGACAACCCACUGGUCAAAUCAGCAAGAAUUUUGUCACUGGAAGUCAGUGAGAUUUCACUGGUUCACUUAGUGGAAUGCCGUCGCUGGUUUAAUCAGUCAAUUUCAGUAGUUACUUAGUGCCAGCAGUCAGCUGUACGCGUUGUCGACUCUCAGCUGGUCUUUCAGAAAUAAUAAAUUCACAAAAAUAAAUAAAGGGUGAUAAAUUGAAAAGCA